UUAAAAAAGAACGGGAUUUAUAAUUCCCACCAGGGCUUCAAAGAGGUGGAUAAAUUGCUCCCCGUUGCCAGUUAAUUAACCGACUUUCGCACCUCCGCGGCACUUCUGUGCAAUUGACAGCGCGCAGAACGCACCAACGACCCAUGAGACUCCAUCAGCAAACCUGAUGACGAGCGGCCCAUCCUUAUUUUUAACCCUCAGUUUCUAUUCUUAUACUGUACGAAGUUGAUCGAAGCCUGCAGAGAAAUCAUCUUCGAGGGCGAGAAGUGGGGCUGUCCUCUGUCGUUAUUAAUAUUCGCUCAGGAUGGCAGUGGACUUUAGAUGCGCAGUUCACGGCUCAGUCUUUUGGGGCUGUGUGGUUAUCCUCAGUAACGUGCUAUGUCCCAUUGAUGCGUACCUCUACAACAACCGCUAUGCAGGUGAUCAAGUCUUCAGGAUAACUCCCAGCAACGAGGGGGAGGUUCGGGAGCUCAAGAAACUCCUGGGAAACAUCAAGGUGGACCUGUGGCAGCCCAACAGUGCCUCUCUGAUCCGACACAACGCCACCGUGGACGUGCAUGUGAGACGGAACAACACGCGAGGGCUUCGUGCAUGCCUCCAGAAGGAACACAUAGAUUUUAAGGUGUUCAUAUCUAACCUUCAGAAGGAAAUUGAAAAGCAGACUGGAUAUCGCUCUUCCCGCAAGAGGAGGUCUGAAUCCCAAUAUGACUAUGAGGUGUACCACUCUCUGGAGGAGAUCCAGAGUUGGAUGUUUGAGAUCAACAGGACCCAUCCUCACCUGGUGGACAUGUUCUCUAUAGGGAGGUCAUAUGAAGGCAGGCCCCUUUAUGUGCUUCAGCUAGGAAAGAGAACACGGUCCUAUAAGAAGGCAGUGUGGAUAGACUGUGGGGUCCAUGCAAGGGAGUGGAUUGGACCAGCCUUCUGCCAGUGGUUUGUCAAAGAGGCUCUGCAUUCCUACCAGCAUGACUCUGUGAUGAGACGACUGAUAAACCAACUCAACUUCUACAUCAUGCCUGUCUUCAACGUGGAUGGAUACAUCUUCAGCUGGACUACGGAUCGUUUCUGGAGGAAAACCCGGUCCAAAAACGCCAAGUAUCACUGCAGAGGUGUUGACGCCAACAGGAACUGGAAAGUCAAGUGGUGUGAGGAGGGUGCAUCCUCUCACCCCUGUGAUGACACGUACUGCGGACCCUUCCCUGAGUCCGAGCCGGAGGUCAAGGCAGUGGCCAAGUUCCUGCGGAAGCACAAGAAGCGUGUCAAGGCCUACGUCUCCAUCCACGCCUACGCCCAAAUGUUGCUCUACCCCUACUCCUAUAAAUACGCCACCAUCCCUAACUUCAACUGUGUGGAGUCAGCUGCACACAAUGCAGUGACGGCCCUGUACUCUGCCUACGGAGUGAGGUACAGAUAUGGACCCGCCUCCACCACGCUGUAUGUUAGCUCAGGCAGCUCCAUGGACUGGGCCUAUAGGAACGGGAUCCCUUAUGCCUUUGCCUUUGAACUGCGGGACACAGGCUACUUUGGCUUCCUGUUACCUGAAGCUCUGAUUAACCCCACCUGUACUGAGACCAUGAGAGCAGUGAAGACCAUCUCAUCAGGCCUACUAAAGAAGUGUGAGACAGGGAUGUAUCAGCUGGACAGGGAGAGAUAUCCAUAUCUCUGAGAUAUAUAGACAUUUACAGUAUCUCUGCAUCUGCUAGAGAAUAACUACGGGUGGUGGGUUAUUGUGCCAAAAAGGAAAAUGCAACAUAUAUCAUGCAAGCCUUGAUGUUUACCCAAGAGUGGUCACCACUCCAUUUUAUGUCUGUAUGUUAGAGGCCAUAGUGGUACUUGAAAAUGCCCUCAAACUGGUUUCAAAUGUAAAAUUAUUUAGAUGUCAUAUUACAUAAAAUCUUCACCUUGUACUAUCAACAACUCGACUGUUUACAGUGUACGGUGAACGCAAGCACUUGAAUGCCAUUUUCAAGAGACUGAUAUUGCAUUUAACAGAGUCUUUUUCUUGAAAUUGCAGUUUUGACCCAUUAAAGCUUCACUAUCUGGAGCACCAUCAGCUAACUCAGUGGUGUAGUCGUGCCUGGAGAAGUGGGUAUAUUCUAUCUUUUGCCAAAGAUUUCCCAAACGGCCCGCCGGGUGAAUUCUAUGAGAAACAGUGACAUACACUCUGAAUGACCUAAAAUGAUAAAUCCCAUAUUGGUCUUUCAUAGUCAGGCCAACCCAAGCUGUACUGUGGAAGUAGGCUAAUAGUAGACCUACUACUGAAAUGGAUACAUGAGGCUGGCCAACGGCAGUUUUUUUUAUAGAAAAACAACAAAAAUGGAAUGUUAUAACUCCAUAACAAUGUUUACACCACAUCCGGAGACCACUUUUGAUGUCAGGGAACAAUCUAAGAAAUUUAGAUUUUUUUGUGUAGUUACCCUAUAAUUUGCAGGCACCAAGCACUGUUGUUUGAUUAGCAGUGUUUCUGUAGGACAUGAGAUUGAGUUUGCAAAACAAAUGGCCACUAGAUUGACACAAAUAAUCCUGAUAUAAUUCUGCUUUGUAGCUAGUUAACGCUUAAUUUAGAAGGUUUUGGUGAAGCAUUUCCCUCUACCAGAAGACGAUUAGGCCUAUCAUUAGCAUUGUUAUAUUCUUCCUGCUCCUUCAUUGUCUGAAACCAGGAUGUUUUAUCUCAUAUUAUGAGGCAUGUUUCAAAGUAGUUUAUAGCCAAAAUCCCACCAUAGAAAUGUGGAGGCAAUUAUUUUAUAAAGACUUAUACUGGUUUUCUUUCAAAUGUCUUUUAUUGUCUAGCAGCCAAAGGCAUUGUCCAAGUCAUAUUAGCAACCCAUGAUAAUAAUUAUAACAAUUUUAAAAAAGGAUAACAAUUAUUGUUGCAUCUUUAGAUCUUCCCUCUUUCAAAAUAUCUAAAGGAUAUUUACAUCUCUGUCCUUGAAACCGCUUGCAUGUGCAGUGCACAUUUUAGAACAGUGUUUUCCCGCAUAGGCCUACCGCCAUGUGCACAUUGCUGAGCCUAAAAUGUGAAAUAAUAGUUUUUGAACAUUUUAAGCUAAACAUUCUAAUCUGUUCCAUCAGCCUUAUUAAUUGAUAUGGCAUAUACCUCCACUACACUACUUUGAUAUGCAUCAUGGCAAUUAAGAAGUGAGUAAACGCAAUAUGUGUGGCAUAAGCCGUAUGUAUACCUGCAUGUUCCACCCACUAAACCACUGAGCUAACUGCUCUAGAUGUCUUCAAAAAGACAUUUUACAUUAAUUGUGGUAGAACAAGGUCAUAAAAAUGUGUUUAUAUGGUACAAACAACAAGGAUGCCUAAAGUAUCAAUAAAGGGAUAGUUCACACAAAUUACACAAUUACAUAUGGGUUUCUUUGCCCUGUAAGCAGUCUAUGGACAACGUAUGACAGCAAAUCAUGCUUUAGUUUGUUUAGCUGGCCACUGUUCCAAUGCAAAUUCAAUGCAAGUCAACAGUACCUGUAUUAUAAUUUUUGCACUUUAUGUGUCUAAAACUGUAUUGUGUAACUCAAUGAAAUUACUUAUAGAUAAUUUGGACAUUAACGUAAAAUGCUUAUAUAGGUACAAUUGGCUUGCAUUGGAUUUCUUCUACAAAUGCAGAAAAGUUAUCAUUUGAAACAGUAUCCAGGUAAACAAAACCAAAACAUGGAUUGCUGUCAUAUCUUGCCCAUAGGCUGCUUACAGGGUAAGUAAACCCAUAUGUAAUUUUGUCUUUUGGUUGAACUAUCCCUUUAACAAAGUGCCUUGAAAUGGACUUUAAACGCUUUUUAUAAUUUUGUAAAGGAUAAGUUUAUAUUUUUUUUUUAUCAAGGGGAAAUGUUUACUUUUGAUAGAAAGUGUAAAGGACAUUUACUGAAAUGUAAUACAUGUUAUUUCUUUUUUGUGAGGUUGUCACGUGGAUGUUUUCUUUGACAUCACUAUCAUUUCAAACAUUACAAUAGCAUCGUUUUACAGUAACAGCCCACUGGACACAAACAUCAGUUCAACGUCUAGUUUUGAUUUACAUUUGGUUGAGUUGUCAACUAAUGUGAAUGCAACGUGAAAUCAACAAAAAAUGUCACCAUGUCAUUCAUUGGAUUUAUGUUAAACGUUGGGUGAAAAAAUACAAAAUGCCCUUAUGUUGA